GUGAGAUAACGCGAAAUCAGCACAUUCAUGAGAAUCCAACAGAUCGUUAAUGGUGAUUGGAACAAAUUGAAUCAUGAUUGAAUAUAACAGAAACAAAUAGAGAAAUAUGGCUGAACGAAGGAACGAAAAUGAAGAAAGAAUUGAAGAAAUCAUUCGUAGUUUGAAAGGACAAGAUCAAGAAUUGGGUAUAUUCGAGAAAUUUUUCAGCAAAAUCAGUGGUACAACUCCUUCCAAUCAGAUGAUAAUAGGGACAUGUAUGGGUUGGAUCAGUGGGUUCUUGGCACUAAAAGUAGGCAGAACUACGAUGAUGGCCCUUGGGGGAGCAUUGAUGUUACUGCAGAUUGCCGAUGAGAACGAACUCAUCAAGAUCGAUUGGAAAAAUGUGCAUGAUAAUUUCGCCAAAGCAGAACUGGCACAGAAGCAAGAGGAAAAAACGGCAGUGGUGAAAAGGAUAGCCAGUAUUGCGGAAAAUUCUACCCCUUUUUCUAGUGGAUUUUUGGGUGGUUUUCUGAUUGGUUUGGCUGCUCAUUAAACUCAUAUUGUUUCGUGUUUUCACGCUCUACUUUAUUUUAAAAGUUCAAUAAAAUUAUAUUCGUAUUUGUA